AUGAGCGGGCUUCGUCGAAGGUUGUUGGCAUCCCCGCUGUUUCAUGUGCUCUUUAGUGGUGGUGCGACUGCCGUGCCAGGACCGGGUCUUCUUGCCAUGGCAGGCCUCUUUACGGCGGUGUUUCUCUUCCUGCCAUGGUCGUCGCAUGCCGGGCAAGUCGUCUUCAUAGUGGCUGCCUUUGUGCUUGGGGUAUCCUUCGCGGCGUUGUACUGGUGGCUGGCCCGGCCGCGUUCGCCGGCGGCGCAGCUGCAGAGCGAGGGGGCUGUGGAUCAGGCUAUGCCCCAGUACGACGGCAGUGUCUCUCUACGGAACCAUAGAGGCAUCGGUGCCAAAUACAGGCCACAGGAACAGGGAGAGGAACACUCACGAUGUGCGCAGCUGCUUUCUCAAGGGUCGGCUGGAUGCUGCUCCUCGGCGUCCUCAUGCCCCGUGUGGUGGCACAUCGCUCUUCCGACCUUCGAGCUGUGUGUUUUGGGCCUUCUUGUGCUUCUCUCCCCACACGUGAUGGUGACAAAUGUGGAGAGUGCAGGCAGGAUUGUGUCAACUAGCGUGAACGCCUCCGCAGAGCAGCGAAGAUACCCCGUGGCGAAUGUGUGGAAGGUAAACCUUCUCCAUGCUUGGUUUCUGUUUGCGUUUCAACUCCCCUUGGCCGCUGGGCUUGCCGUUGGGCUGCUGCACUUCGCGGUGCUGAUGGCGCACUUUAGCUACCUGGGCCUUGGCACCAUGGCGGCAUCGCUGCUGUGGCUCCUGGUCCCGCUUUGCUGCCUCCCGUUCGCCGCGGUGCAGCAGCACCGACAGCGUUGUUGUUGUUGGCGGCGACUGAGUGGCGGCUUGCUCGACGUGGGCGGCGACACACUCUCCUCCACGCCUCACGCGAGUCACUAUGUGCUUCACGACGCGUAUGACCCGACGGGGGAUUUGCCCUCCGCCCGUUAUGCACUGAGGCAGGCGGCGGAGGGCGGAGUGCCGCACCGCCAGGGACCGCGAGCAGCUUCCUCCGGGAAUCCCGGGCAUUUUUUUGCUGCCUUCCCAGCACUGCCGCCGUCGCUCCGCCAGCAGACUCACUCUGUCGCAAACGACGCACCGCUGAAUGAGCCGCUUGACUCCGUUGUGCUGCGGCACACCAACGCUAGUAUGACUUCUUCUAGCGGCAUCCAACCGCCGUAUCUUCUGCUUAGCCCAAAUGGCGGCAUCAUUCUUGGCACUAGUGAGAGUUUUGCGGCCCAUGUCGGGAUGACGAUGGAGAGUCUCAUGGGCCGAAAGUUUCUGUCGGUUUUGGGCUGGUUAGCGGUGGAGAACAUGCGGGCGUUGGCGGAUGUCAUUCAAGAAGUCGCCUCCGCCUCCCCUCACGACGGCGGCGUUGCGGUAGGGGACGACGGAGCCAAGGCAGACCGUCGCUCGUGUGUUGGGGGUCUUGGGCGACGCUCGCUGCAAGCGGAGUGGCAGGCGGAGGCAGAGGCAGAGGCAGAGGCAGUCAAGGAGUCGCGGGAGGCUGAGUAUUCGACGGCGCAGGGCGCCCAGUCCCCGGCGCGCAUGGGCGAUGGCACGGUGCAGCGUAUUCUGCUCCGAGGCCGCCGCCCGUGCCGCCCUUCUUCCGCGUGGAACCCGCCACUGGCAGAGGACCAGGAGGCGGCUUCCGCCCGGGCCCGCGCGGGCGACGCGGGCAAAGAGUUUUCCCCCCUGGAGCUUAGUUGUGGAGGCGGCGAGUAUUUUUGCCUCUCGCUGGACGUCUGGAUGGGGCGUCGACGGGAGUCCACUGAAGGCCUGCUCGUCCUCUGCCAGCCUCGCCUUCACUGCGUGCUGGACUGGACGCCGCUGGCGUGCUUUGUGGUGCACCCUCUCACGGGCUGCGUGCUGCACUGGAGCCGUGAGGCGGAACGGCAAACAGGGAGACUGGCGUACGACGUGGUGGGGUGGCAGGCGCACGCCCUCCCCGCCCCCCACUCCACGGGUUUCGGGACUCGUCGCCACGACGGAAGCGAGGAUAACGUGGGGGAAGGCGAAGAAGCAAGGCGACGCGGGGCGCGGUUGGAGCCACCUCUGCAGGCAAUCCUUCAGCUACCGCCCUGUCCAGCUCUUGCUUUCUCUGUGACGCUGCAACCACUUACUGGGAGCUUCGUAGAAGAAGAAGGGGCGGCCUUGGAAGGCGGUGUGACUGGUCUUGUGUGGCCCCCACUGCAUUCGUCAACGCAGCGGGAGACACGCACUACCGCGGAUGGCCGCAGGGCGGCAAGCUAUCCACUGGAGUCGAGAUGGGGUUGCGCACACGGGUCGGCUGAGGGCGAGGUGGGCGGGGACAGGACUCCAUUUCCGCCUCGAGGUUUGCCUGAGCCCUCGCUGAAGGCUUCUGGUGGCCCUGCCCAGGGGAAAGCCGGGUGGUGCUUUGCCGCCCUGGCAAAUGGCCGGGAAGUCGCCUCUGCAUGGGUCUCUGCGGGGGUGCCGCUCCUGUUCACCGUACACGAAGAAGCAAGCAUGCCUCUUGACGGCCCUGCGCUGAGUUCUUGCGUGAAGCCGGGGCAGGAUAGCAUGCACGCCUCUGCUGGAGUUCUGCCUGAGCAUCAGACCGUUUGGGAGAACCUGCCCCAGCAGGCUGUGCACGAGGUGUUGCCCGCCCCACCAACGGUGGAGAAUGGGGUGGCGGAUACCUGGGGCGCGCCGCCGCAGGGAAAUGGGGCCAAGUGGGACGUGGACCACCAGUCAUCUGGGGGGGCGUCGUCGCAACGAGGAGGAGCGGCCACGCACGCGCCGCACGUGACGGAAACCGACGCCGGAAAAGAAACCGCCUGCAAUGAGGAUGACAAGCAGGACCCUGGCGCGAAGGCCACCGGGGGCGAGGGGUCGCUGAAACUGCCGCAGCUCUCCACCCGCCCUGCUGUGGGGCUCACUCCGACGCAAUUGUCGUUGCAAGCAUCCCUUUGCAAUAGCCAACAUUCUUCGCCUCUCCUCGGCAACGCGCGGAAGGUGGCGGACGCAGAACCCGCGCCCGCCGACACACUUGGAGGCGGCAGCGACGCAAAUGAGGACGGUCGCGACGACGGCAGCAAACAGCGGGGACAACGCGGCAGUGGCAGUGGGGGACGUACGGCGCUCACACCAUUGGGUGAUCGGAGCCCCAGCAAGGUGAGAGCCAUGCAGGUGCCGCGGCUUAUCAGUCCGCUGCCACGAGAAACCCCAACAGGUGUGCGAGGGAAUGACGGGGAUGCCCGUAGUGAGACAGUGUUCUCGGGAAGGCAUCUGGACUCCAAUCCUCAGCAGCCGUCUUAUUCGCAGCAGCUUCAGCCUUCGCUGCUUUCGCCGCAGCCCCUGGCGAGCUUCCCUGCGGCGUCCUCCGCGGCAGAGUCGAUGGCUCAGAGUGAUUUUGCCGCCUUGCCGAUUCCCAACGCGAAUGUCGCCAAUGCGGGACCCCCGAUAUGGGCGAUGCUGCGGAGCAGCGACGAGGCAACGAUUCCCUCUUGCUUUAUCAGGGUACCCCCGGGGGAGGGGUUCCUCUUUGGCCGCAGCAGCAAGUGCCACGCCACGACCGUGGACGGGUUUGUCAGCAGCAUCCAGUUCAAGAUUGUGCGGCAGCUGGCCUCGGAGCUUCAGCUGGUGCAGCCCGCCAGCUCGCAGGCUUCGAGCCAUCACAAUCCCCCCGUUAAUCCUCUGCAGCUGUCCACUUCCUCUGGCCCACACUCGUCUGCGUCUGCCGCCGCCGCCGCCGGCAAUUGGGUGGUCGUGCUCUACGACCAGAGCGUCAAUGGCACGUUCGUCGAUGUGAGGAGGGUCGGAAAAGGAAAGUACGUCAUUUUGCGGGACCGCGACCUCAUCACCUUCAGAUUGAGCUCCUCCCAAUUCUUCUUGGGGUUCCAGUUCUUGCUGACGGACGAGCGGGGGACGCCGCUUUUGGAUCGGGCGGCUGUGCCGGCCGCCUCCGCUGGCAUCAACUCCUCAGCCGUGUCAAGAGGGACGCUGCCGCUGCGCCACCGCCCCUCCUCUGAGUGCGGCAGCGUCUUCGGGGCGAGCGGCAGCAACAACAACAACGGCGGUGGCAGUGGCCGACGGCCUACGUCGGCGACGAGGAGCCGCAGCAGCCGCGCCGGUGCCGCGGCGCAGCAUCGCGAGACGCUUGAGUGGAAGAUCGGGGAGGAGGUGCUUGGCAAGGGGGGCAACGCGGAGGUGUUUCUUGGCAUUAACCUGACCAACGGAAAACUCAUCGCCGUCAAGCGCGUCCUGCUGCCCACCCUCGCACCCGACGACCCAAACCACAACGCGGUGCUGCAGCAGUACAGAAGCCUUCAGGAGGAGAUCAAGGUUCUUUCCAAGGCCAUGCACCCAAACAUUGUGCAGUACCUCGGCUCUUCGCAGAACCCAAAAUAUUUUAACAUUCUUCUUGAGUUUGUGCCUGGGGGAUCGUUGCGUCAUUUGCUUGAUAACUUUGGGGCCCUAAGCCCGGGGGUGAUCUGCUCCUACCUGCGACAAACCCUGGAGGGGCUGCACUACCUGCACCAGCACAACUUGGUGCACUCCGACGUCAAGGCGGCGAACAUACUCAUCACGGACAAGGGCCGUGUGAAGCUGUCGGACUUCGGUACAGCGAAGCUACUCAACAGGCAGCACAGUCAAUCUGUAGAUCGCGCGGGGAAAGCAGAGGUUGCCAAAGGCAAUGACACCGCAACCUUUCGACUCGCGGGCACGCUGCGGUGGAUGGCGCCAGAGCUAUUCCGCGGCAGCGCCGGGCCCACAAGGGCCAGUGACAUUUGGUCUGUUGGCUGCGCCCUGAUCGAGAUGCUUUCAACCGAGGCCCCGUGGAGUGAGUACGAGUUCGAAAGCGAGGAGCAGAUAAUGAACCUGCUCAAAUACACCACCGAGCCCCCGGAGGUGCCGGAGUGCGCGGAGCUUCCCGAGCUAACGGCCAUUGCAAGGCGGUGUCUGACGCUCGACGCGGACAGUCGGCCGUCGUGUGAGGAGCUGCUGCAGCUGGUGCUGGAGGCGGCGAAGCGGUACCAGGAGCAGCAGGCGAAGUCCCCAUCGCCAGUGGACGCGCCCGCUGCCUCGCCCGCCGCCGCCGCCGCCGCCUCCAUCGCCUCCGCCGCGACGCUUCCCAGCGAGGGCGUCAUGGCGGCGGCGUCCGCGCAGCGGAAUAGCAAGCACGAGGGGAGGGCGCAGCAUCGCGACCCACAGGAGCCGGCAGGUGCGGCCGCUGCGAAGGGGCCGAAGGGAGGCGACCGCCGACGGUAG